ACCUUUUUCUCUUUGCCAGAGAGACAAAUCAAGAAUCAAAAGCUAUUUGCUUUUAUACCAAAAAUAAAAAAAAAUGGACUCAAAAAUACAAUCUUUUUCCUAAUCCCAGAUUUCCAUUAUUACAGAAAUUUCAAAAUAAAAAAAAAAGAAAAAGAGAGGAGUCAAAUGGGAGAAGAAAGCACCUCAAAUUCCAAGGCUGAUGAUAAUAAUAAUGCAGCUAAAACUGAUGGAAGCUAUGAGACACCAGUUAUAUUGAAUGUGUAUGAUCUCACACCUGCAAAUCAGUACUCAGUUUGGCUUGGCUUUGGAAUCUUUCAUUCUGGUAUUGAAGUUCAUGGUAUGGAAUAUGGAUAUGGAGCGCAUGACUUUCCCAUAAGUGGCGUGUUUGAAGUGGAACCUAAGAGCUGCCCUGGUUUCAUCUACAGAUGUUCAGUCCCAUUGGGUCGUAUUAAGAUGCCUCCUUCUGAAUUUCAUGCAUUUCUUGAGGAUGUGGCUUCUGAGUAUCACGGGGAUACGUAUCACCUCAUUUCAAAGAACUGUAACCAUUUUACAGAUGACAUAGCACAGAGAUUAACAGGGAAAGGGAUACCUGGAUGGGUGAAUCGGCUUGCCAGGGUUGGUGCUUUCUGCAGUUGUCUUCUUCCUGAGAGCCUCCAAGCGACAACUGUUAAACAGCUUCCUGAGUAUCACCAUUGUACAGAAGAAGAUGGAAGUGGAUCGAUGACAUCUACAACGCCCCAUGAACCAACUGAAAGCGAAGACGGAGAUCAAGAUAAGCACUUGUUGUCAUCUCCAAUCAGUAGUCGUGAAGUGGCUUUCAUAAGAGAGACUCAAAGGUGAAAACAUGCUGCCUGAAGGGGAUUCAAUAUGUAUUAUCGGUUUAUUAAAGGCUAUCGACUCGCCCCACAGAACCACUGCUCAAGUUCUCCAUUUGCUUGCUAUAUGUAUUACUAGUCCAUUGAUUUUCAAACCUUUUUUGCUUUUGGUUAUUAAGGUUUCCUUUUAGUGUGCAAUAUGUAUUAGUUCAAAGUGACAGGAUUGUCAUCUAUUGAGUUAUGCCUUUGUUACAGAUCACAAAUAUCCAUGUAAACAUUCUGAGUUUGGAAGAUGAAAACAGGCCAGUAUUUGUGAAAAAAUGAGAUAACCAUACAUUUAUUUAAUACUACACCAGAUACUCAUUGAGGAAA